AGAGAGAAGGCACUUUGCCACUUUUAUAUGUUUGCACGCAUCCAAAUAGCAGAAAACAGAGGGAAGGCAAAAUACUCCAAACAAAAAACACACACAGAAAGAAAGGAGAAGGAGGACAAGGAAAAGGAGGAGAAGAAGAAGAAGAAGAAACCAACAAACCUAUAAACACCAAAAGAAGACGAUGGCUCGGUCUAAUUGGGCCUCUUUGUCAUUGUACGGACAUGCUCAAUUGACCAUGUGCGACUGAGAUAUAUAUAUAUAUUUAUAAAAGCUUCAACUGCUUAAGAAGCUGAAGAAGAAGAAAGCAACUGCGGCUUAGGGGUGCAGCUCUCCUGAUGCGUUUCUAGAGUUGUGCAUGUAUUGCCAAGGAGAAAAAAGAAAGAGGGUCUCUUUGUAUUGCAAAUUGCUUCUAAAAAAACUAGUCCUUUCUUCUUCUUCUUCUUCUCUUGUAGUAGAGUUUAAGUAGGCAAAAUUUGGAGAGAAAAGGUGAAAAAAAAAAACAUAUUUGUAUUGUGCUCGUGAGGUGGGGUGGGUGGUUAUUUUUGUUGAAAACUGGAGGUUUUUGGAGUCCUGGGUUUUAAGGUGUUCUUUGAUUUGGUUACUUUAGAUGAAGGCCAUGCCCCUACCCUUUGAGGAGUUUCAAGGGAAGGGGGUCUUAGAUUUCUUCACUAGUACUACUGCUGCUUCAGAUUCAUUAUUGUCGUCACCACCACAGCAAAGGCCACUAAAGUGGAACAACUUAAUCAGCAAAGAGAAUUGCUAUGUGGGCAGCACUGAGCCCACCUCUGUUCUCGACACUAGAAGCAGCUCAAGCCCUCCCAGAUCCACCUCAACACUGUCUUCCUCUCUCGGCAGCAGCGGCGGCGGCGGCUGCGGCAACGGUGGUGGAACCGGCUCCACAGACACCACCACCGGCGGCGUGGCGCCAGCCCCCGAGACCCCAUCGGCAGCAGGAGCAGCAUUAGAGGAGGGAAAAUGUGGACUUGGAAUGGAGGACUGGGAGAGCGUGUUAUCUGAGUCACCGGGUCAUGACCAGUCUAUUCUGAGGUUGAUGAUGGCGGAUGUUGAUGACCCAUCUCUGGGAUUGAACAGGCUUUUGCAGAGCGAGAGUGUUUCCUCCCAGGAAAUGGAGUUUAAUGCAGGAGGUUUUGGAGUGGUGGAUCAGGGGUAUGGUGGGUUCGAGCCCACUAGUGGGAAUUUGAUGAGCAGCAUUAUUGACCCUUCUUUACAAGGAACAACUUGUUCUGAUUUCCCUUUCAAUAGCACCUCCAAUGCUCAAAACAACAAUUCUUUGAGGCUUGGUUCGGGUUCCAACCCCAUGAAUCCCAUGUUUUCGACUUCGGGUAACAAUUUAAUGUCAGUUUCGCUUUCACCUUUGGCGUUUCAUCAACAACAGCAGCAGCAGCAGUUGGUCGACUCUGUGGAUGCCAAGCCUCAGGUUUUCAAUCCUCAGAUGGUGAUAAACCAGAACCAAGCUCAUUUAGCCCAGAAUCCAGCUUUGCUUAUGCCUUUAACAUAUGCUCAAUUGCAAGAGCACCACGCUAUGUCUCAACCCCCGGCGAAGCGGCUUAAUACUGGUGCGGUUGGGACCAACUUUCAGCUCCAAAAGGUUCAGUUUCCGAAUUCCGGGCAAGAGCUCUUUGCUCGGGGACAGGAACAGCAGCUGCAGUUACUCCAUCAGCAGAGGCCAACUAUGGCUGUGGCAAAGCAGAAGAUGUUGAGUGCAGGAGCGGGAGAAGAACUGGCGAACCACCAGCUUCAGCAGGCGUUUAUUGACCAACUUUCCAAGGCUGCUGAGCUGAUCGAAACCGGAAAUCCGGUACUCGCGCAAGGGAUAUUGGCGCGGCUCAAUCACCAUGUCUCUCCUCUUGGUAAGCCUUUCCAACGGGCUGCUUUCUAUUUCAAGGAGGCCUUACAGUUGCUCCUCCACAACUCAUUGGCUUUGCCACCCUUCAAUCUCAUUUUUAAGAUUGGUGCUUACAAAACUUUCUCUGAAAUCUCACCGGUUCUUCAGUUUGCCAAUUUCACUUGUAAUCAAGCCAUUUUAGAAGCCUUGGAAGGCUUUAGUAGAAUUCAUGUUAUAGAUUUUGAUAUUGGAUAUGGUGGGCAAUGGGCUUCUUUUAUGCAAGAACUGGCCUUGAGGAAUGGUGGUGGAGGUUCUCUUAAGAUAACUGCUUUUGUGUCCCCAUCCACACAUGAAGAAUUCGAGCUGGGUUUCACUCAGGAUAACCUGAAACAUUUUGCCGCUGAAAUCAACUUGGCCUUUGAGCUCGAAAUUAUAAGCCUGGAAACGUUGAACUCUGGUUCUUGGCCAGUGCCUAUUCACAUCUCAGAGGGUGAGGCAAUUGCGGUAAAUCUCCCAAUCAGUGCCCUUUCCAGCUACCCUUUGUCCCUUCCUUUGGUCCUCCGCUUUGUGAAGCAGCUCUCACCAAAAGUUGUGGUCUCAUUGGAAAGAGGGUGUGAUCGAACAGAUGUUCCAUUUCCGCACCAAAUCAUUCACGCUUUUCACUCUUAUUCAGGCCUGCUCGAAUCACUUGAUGCAGUUAAUGUCAACCUAGAUGCCCUGCAAAAGAUUGAAAAGUUCCUACUUCAACCAGGAAUCGAGAAACUUGUACUGAGUCGCCACCGUUCUCCUGAAAGAACACCUCCAUGGAGAUCUUCAUUUUUGAAUUCUGGGUUUUCUCCAUUGGUAUUCAGUAACUUCACAGAGUCCCAAGCUGAGUGUCUGGUGCAGCGGACUCCAGUUAGGGGCUUCCAUGUUGAAAAGAAACAGUCUUCACUCUCCCUUUGCUGGCAGCGAAAGGAGCUCAUAUCAGCCUCAGCUUGGAGGUGUUGACUGUCGAAGAACAGCAAAACGUCAGCAUUUUGAACAUUAGCCUCAGUUUGGAGGUGCUGCAUAACUUACUUGCUUUAGUUAUCUCGUCUUUUUGAAAAUUUUCUCUUUUGUUUCUUCUCCUAUGCUAAUUGUCUAUGUGCUGUAGGCUUAUUAUUUUCAAUCAAAAGUCCAAACAGUUAAGUAACUUGAAGGCUUGUAUGGUUCUCGGAUUUCCAUUCCAGUUUCUUGCUUCGGAUUUGGGUAUUAUAUUUGUUUUGUUGCUCUCAUGAUCAAGGUGGUGACUGUUGUACAUUUGACAACAAAAGCAAAACAUAACCAAGAAAAUUGUAUCUACUUUUCCCUUUGCAAAGAACACUUUUUGUUUUGUUUUGUAUCA